UAAAGACCGAGGGGUUAAAAAAGAGUGUGCCACAAAUAACAGAACAGAACUGAAACCCCAAUCAAGAAAUUAGAAAUCAAAGCAGCAACUCAACACAGCUAUCGUCAUGGUUUCCUCCGGCAAGGAUCCCCGAGAGGAAGUCAUUCAGGCAUGGUACAUGGAUGAUAGUAAUGAAGAUCAAAGACUUCCCCAUCACAAAGAACCCAAGGAGUUUGUCUCGUUGGACAAACUUGGUGAACUUGGAGUGCUUAGCUGGAGGUUAGAUGCUGAUAACUAUGAAACAGAUCAAGAGCUGAAAAAGAUUCGUGAAGAACGCGGUUACUCCUACAUGGAUGUCUGUGAGGUCUGCCCAGAGAAAUUGCCAAAUUAUGAAGAGAAGAUCAAAAGCUUCUUUGAAGAGCAUCUUCACACCGACGAGGAGAUCCGCUAUUGUGUUGCUGGAAGUGGGUACUUUGAUGUGAGGGAUCGUAAUGAUGCUUGGAUUCGUGUAUGGGUGAAGAAAGGAGGACUGAUCAUCUUACCUGCUGGAAUUUAUCAUCGCUUUACACUAGAUGAGAGCAACUACAUUAAGGCUUUGCGAUUUUUUGUUGGUGAACCAGUUUGGACUCCAUACAAUCGUCCACACGAUCAUCUCCCAGCAAGAGGGCAAUAUAUCAAGACUUUUGUGGAAAAGGAUGUUGCUAAUAAUGCUGUUGAUGCUGCUGCCUGAGAUCUUGUUCUGCCUAAUAGGAUACGGUUUUAUGCUACUAAAAGUACAGGGGUUUGGAAAAAUAAAUAAAUAAAUAAUACUAAUAAUGGGUUUCUUAAAAUGAUGGUCUGCCGUUGUAUGUUAUGGUUUGUUUGAGUAUCCCUGAAAACUUGUAUACAUGCCAUUGUAUUUACAAUAUCUAUCCUACUUAAUAUUCGUAUCAUUAUUGCUA